CCAUAGGCUGCAGAGCGGAACUCAGCUCACCGACUACAGAGCCCCAGAGAAGCAGCAGCAGACACCGACUCUGCACCACAGCUCAGCGGCAGAAUGUCCGACACUCAGCGGCCUCUCGUCUACCUCGUCACCGGAGGAUGCGGGUUCCUCGGCCGGCACCUGCUGAGGAUUUUGCUGGAGAAGGAGGACAAACUGGAGGAGGUGCGGCUGUUUGACAAACACGUGGAUCCCAGUUUAAACGGACUGAGCUCAGAGCGGACAAAGGUGGUGGUCAUCCAGGGGGAUAUCACAGACUACAGCAACGUGUUGGAGGCCUCGCGGGGAGUGGAUGUCGUCAUCCACAUGGCCAGUUUAGUGGAUGUCUGGCACAGAGUCCCAGAGACCUUAAUGUAUGCUGUCAAUGUCACAGGAACGGAGAAUGUCAUCAAUGCCUGUGUGGAGUGUGACAUUCAGUGUCUGGUCUACACCAGCAGCAUGGAAGUUAUUGGUCCCAACGUCAAUGGAGACCACUUUAUCAGGGGCAAUGAAGAUACACCUUACAAUGUGAGCCACACUAUGGCCUACCCCAAGACCAAGUCAAAGGCUGACAAAAUUGUGCUGGAAGCUAAUGGCACAGAGCUGAAAGGUGGAAAGUGUUUACACACGUGCUCCCUUAGGCCGACGGGGAUCUAUGGCGAAGGGCACGAGCUGAUAAAGGACUUCUACAAACAGGGACUUAAAAGGGGUGGCUUCAUUGUCGGGGGCAUCCCAGACAGCACUGAACAUGGGCGAGUCUAUGCAGGCAACGUGGCCUGGAUGCAUGUACUUGCAGCCCGAGCCCUGAGGGAGUGCCCGCAGACGGUCGGAGGUGAGGCUUUCUUCUGCUACGAUGACUCACCCUACAAGAGCUACGAGAACUUCAACAUGCUCUUCUUCUCCACGUUUAACUUCCAAAAAGUCCGCAUUCCGUUUCUGGUGGUCUGGUUCAUGGCCCUGAUGAACGACUUGCUCCGUUGGAUACUGAGCCCCGUUUAUAACUUCACACCGCUGCUGAACCGUUACACGUGCUCCAUAGCUUCUACCUCCUUCACUGUGCUCACAGACAAAGCCCUACGUUACUUCCAGUAUCGCCCCCUGUACGACUGGGAUCAGUGUCAAGCCCGCACACAGAAGUGGGUUGAUACAUUCCCUCUGGAUCACCUCAAAAAAUCAUUAUGUGACUAAUGCAACAUGCAUCAGAAGCUGCUAUGUAGACUCACAAGACAUCAGAUAUAUGCCGCAUAAAAAAGGAGCACCCUGCUAUUGAUGACCAUACAAAAGGGACUUAAUAUACUAUUAAUUAUUCAAUUUCAGAUCAAAAAGAUCUUUAAUGAUAUGUUAGUGAGUGUCACUACAGCUAUCUUGGUCUGCAAACUCCCAAAAAGGGCAUUGUGUACCACUAACUAAUUCGGCUUCCAAUCUUCCUGAAAUGUGCACAUAGUUUUAGAACUUUUCAGAACAGACAUAAAAGGAAACUUUAAAGGGUGUUGUCAAGGAAAAAGCCAAUGUUGCACAUGAAAUUGUAGCUAUGAAAAAAGGUGCCUUUUUAUAAAUGGGUUUUAACAAGUCUUAAUUUCAAAUAUGACACUGAUUUUGUCUGUAAAGGCAAUAGUCAGAUUGGUGCAAAACCUUUAUUACUGCAUUCAUGUAUGUCCAGCAUUUAUAGCUUAGCUAUACAGAAAAUAUAGUUUAAUUAUUUGUUCAUUUAUUAACAUUUAUGUUGCUGAUGUUUUACAUCAGCAUUGUAACUAUGCCAUAUUUAAAAGCAAUAAAUUACAUGUAUAUGGUAAUAUAUUUUAUUGAUAUAAAUGUUGUAUGCUGCAUACUUUAAAGAACAUUUACCGUUUAAAUGACAGAAAAAGAUCCUGUUUAAUAUAAGGUUUUGGGAAUUUUAAAUAAAGAUUGUUUUGAAAGA